GUCUGCAGCGGAUGCCUGAUGAAGAGCCCUGCUGACUGACUGGACUUACCAGAGGAAAGAAGAAGAAGAAUGGAUGACAAUGAAGGGACACAGAGCGAGAGCUGGCCAUAAAGUUAGCCAUAAAGAUUGAGAGAUUGAAUGAAACUAGAAUUACCGCUUGUACCAGUUGUAUUUCUCUGCCAACCAGUCACAUUCAUGGGAAUCUUGAACCACCAAAACCUAAUCUGUUCAUCAUUGAGUCCAAGCGGACAAGUUUGAACAAAUUCCCUCAAGGAGUUCCUGACAUAUUGAAUUUAAAAGAAUGGGCCAGACAGACAGACAGACGACCUGAAAACAUAACGCCUCUGGCUGUGGCUAUCGUCGGUGCGGAGGCAUAAAAGUAAAAAUCACUUAAUAUAACUAUUUUAACAAAGCCAUAAAAGAUGAAAAGGAACCAGGAGGAAUUCCUGAAAAGUAGAGGGAAAAAAUUGUGACAGAGAAGAAGAAACAACAAUAAAAAAGGGGUUCAGGAAGAAAGUCAGUGGAAAGGGAGUAACGCCAAGACAGAAAGCAGGGAACACAGUGUGGAUAAGAGAGAGAGAGGAAGAGCGAGAGGAGGAGGAGGAUGCAGCUUGAUUUCACACUACUUCCCACACAGAAAGAGAGAGAGAGAGAGAGGUGAAAGCUACAGAGAGGGUGGGGUGUAGCCACUUCUCCCCUGUCAGAGAAAGAACUUGCUCACUCUUUCUCGUCCCUCUCUUUGCCAUGUGACUGGCUAACGCUUCAGCAGCACUCUCUUUCACUCUCUCCCUCUCUCUCCAUCCUUCGCUCAGCUCACCCUAUGUCUGACUGAGAAGGAAGAAGAAGAAGAAGAGGAGGAGGGAGAGGAAGAAGCAGGAAGAAGACAGAUAGAGAAAAGAAAAGACAGAGGAUGUUCUCCGUUUCAUUGAAGUGCCACUUAGGGGUCAUCAAACGCCGAAUCAAGGAUGAUGGGCCAUAUGGAAAAACAAAAGACAUCUCUGGACCUGAACACAGCAUGGCCUCAAGAAGACACAGUAUACCAGAAGCUCUGCGGGGGGUGACCAUGGUGGAGCUGGUGAAGAAAGAAGGCAGUACAUUGGGCCUCACCAUCUCAGGAGGUACAGACAAGGACGGGAAACCGCGGGUCUCAAACUUACGGCCUGGGGGGCUGGCGGCCAGGAGUGACCAGCUGAACGUUGGUGAUUACAUCAAGUCGGUGAAUGGCAUCAAUUUGACCAAACUGCGGCAUGAAGAGAUCAUCAGCUUAUUGAAAAAUGUAGGAGAGCGAGUUCUGCUGGAGGUGGAGUAUGAACUGCCCCCGACAGCGCCAGACAGCACCUCAGGGGUUAUAUCAAAGACAAUCGACAUCUGUUUGCACAAAGAGGGGAACAGCUUUGGUUUCGUCAUGAGAGGUGGUAUCCAUGAAGACUGGCACAAGUCACGACCCCUAGUGGUCACCUACGUCAGGCCGGGCGGUCCUGCAGACAGAGAGGGCACGUUGCGUCCCGGUGAUCGACUCCUCAGUGUGGACGGCGUGCCGCUGCACAACGCCAACCACAGUGACACCCUCAGUGUGUUGGCUCAGUGUGGCCAGGAAGCCCUGUUCCAGAUAGAGUACGAUGUCACUAUCAUGGACACAGUGGCGAAUGCCUCCGGCCCACUAUUAGUGGAAAUUGCCAAGUCACCAGGGGCGACACUGGGUAUCACGCUGACGUUGGCCAAUCAUCGAAACAAGCAGGUGAUUGUCAUCGACCGGGUUAAACCUGGCAGCGUGGUGGACAGAUGUGGAGCAUUGCACGCUGGAGAUCACCUGCUGUCCAUCGACGGGACGUCGACAGAACACUGUACGGUCCUGGAGGCGACCCAGCUAUUGGCAAGCACAACAGAACUAGUCAAAUUAGAAAUACUCCCCUCCCAUCAAACAAGGCUAACUGGGAAGCAGCACGACACAGUGAAGGUUCAGAAGUCGGACCAUCCCCACUCCUGGGACCCCUGUGUGAACUUCUGUCCCCCGUCAAACUCCUCCAUCUGUAACACAAGCUCCAGCCUCAACAAAUCAUGGACUGCCUCAAACAAUAACACCAUCAACAGCCUCGAAUAUUGCAAGUCUCUGGUUUCUGCCAGUUUCUCCCCCGGCUCUACAACCACAUCGGGCCCCAGUAGCCAGAGCUCCAGUACCCUGCCCAGGCCUACAGUUCCCAUGAGCCCACGCAACUCACUGCUCAAACGACGGCAGAGAAAAAAAGAGCACAAGAGCUCCUUGUCCCUGGCGUCUAGUUCUGUGGGUCCAGGUGGUCAGGUGGUUCACGUAGAGACCAGUGAGGUCAUCUUAACAGGUGAUCCACUCAACGGCUUUGGUGUCCAGCUGCAGGGAGGAAUAUUCGCCACCGAAACACUGUCUGCACCCCCGCUAAUCCGAUUUAUAGAGCCUGACAGCUCUGCAGAGAGGUGUGGCCUGCUGCAAGUUGGAGACCGCCUGCUGUCUAUCAACGGAAUUCCCACAGAAGACGGAACACUGGAGGAAGCCAAUCAGCUUCUUCGAGAUGCGGCACUGACCAAUAAGGUCACAUUGGAGAUAGAAUUUGAUGUAGCAGAGUCGGUGGUGCCUAGCAGUGGUACCUUCCACGUCAAACUGCCGAAGAAAAGAGGAGUGGAGCUGGGUCUCACCAUCAGUGCCAGUAAGAAGCCUGGAGAGCCCCUCAUCAUUUCUGACAUCAAGAAGGGCAGCAUGGCCCACAGAACAGGAACACUGGAGCCUGGUGAUAAGCUGUUGGCCAUCGACAACAUCAGACUGGAGAACUGUUCCAAAGAUGAUGCAGAGCAGAUCCUCCAGCAGUGUGAAGAACUGGUCAAGUUAAAGAUACGCAAGGAUGAAGACAACUCGGAUGAGCAGGAGACAUCAGGCAGCAUCAUCUACACAGUGGAGCUGAAGCGGUAUGGGGGCCCUCUAGGAAUCACCAUCUCAGGCACCGAGGAGCCUUUUGACCCCAUCACUAUAUCUGGCCUAACCAAGAGAGGCCUGGCUGAGAGGACAGGGGCUAUUCAUGUAGGGGAUCGGAUCCUAGCUAUCAACAGCGUCAGUCUUAAAGGCAAGCCUCUGAGCGAAGCCAUCCACCUCCUGCAGAUGGCUGGAGAGACGGUCACCCUCAAGAUCAAAAAACAGCUCGACAAUGUAGAGGAGAGGAAGGCAACCGAGGCAGAGGACACAACAGAGAAUGAGCUUAGUGACCCUGAGGAGAAUGAUUUGACGGACAGCCAACAGACCAGUAAGCUUUCAGAGCUUUACUCCACAACCAUACCCAGCGUGGACUCUGCCAUGGAGUCAUGGGAUGGCUCAGGGCUGGACGCAGGCUACGGCAGCCAGGGUACCUACAGCCAUCAGGCAGCUGGUAUUGCCCUCCAUCCUCAUGAGUGGCAUAGUACCAAGCAGCAGUGCAGUACCACGCCGCCUCCUGGACGCCGAAAGAACUACCCCUUCACUGACGGAGGCUUCAGUGAGGAUGACUGGGACAAACCACCAGGAUUCAUUGGCCAACAACCAGAUGGCAUUCUGUUGGAUCCAGAGGACAGUUUCUGGUGUCAGGCGUUGGAGGAUCUGGAGACCUGUGGCCAGUCAGAACUCCUCAGAGAGAUAGAGGCAUCCAUCAUGACAGGCACAGCCAUCAGUCUGGGUGUAGAUGGUAUGACCAAGCCUUCACCUAUACUGAGUCACAGCAGGAUGAGCGCGUUGCGGAGAAAUCCUUUCCUACAGCAGGGAAACCUGCUCCACCAGGGGGCCCAUCUGCACGAGGAGGCCUGCCUGCAUCAAGACACCCAGCUGCAACAACAGGAGGCCCACCUGCACCAAGAUAACCAGAAUCCUCUCCUCCUCCACGAGCCCAAGCCCAAGGCCUCGUUGAGGGUAUCAGAGCGGACGUGGGAGUCUCGUCGGAUCAAGGAGGAGAUGCAGGGGAUUUUGUCACCAACGCCUCUGGAGCUGCACAAAGUAACAGUGAUAAAGGACCCUGAAAGCGAUGACUUCGGCUUCAGUGUGUCAGAUGGCUUCUUGGAAAAGGGGGUUUACGUCAACAUGAUCAGACCCGAUGGACCAGCUGACCGAGCCGGGCUCAGACCCUACGACAGGAUCCUGCAGGUGAACCACGUGAGGACGAGGGACUUCGACUGCUGCCUGGCGGUGCCUCUUAUCACUGGGGACGGGCUGGAGCUGGUCAUCAGCCGCAACCCACUGGCCAGCGACGACCCAGAGGACAAUAACAACACUUUAGACCACCCACUAGACCUGUAACACACACAUGGAGUCACUCUGUCACACUCAGGCAGGAGACACAAUAACUGGUGAUGAAGUGUAAAUGUACAUCUACUAGAACUGGCCCAAACACACACGUGCAAUAAUUCAGCUUGAACACAGAGACGCCAUAGGACAGCAACACGCACAAACACUUGCAUGCUCACACAGUUGUCCCCUCCCAUUCACACUGGGUUGAGAUGCUGUCAGAGUACGUCUUUCUAUGGGAGCACAGCCACAAGCAGACGAACCACCUGAGCCUCCCCUGACAACUGGCUGCAUGUUGGCCCAACAAAGUCAUUUUAACCAGUUUUGACUCUUUAAACCUUGUUUUACUUAAAACAAACAAAAGCAGCAACUUGAGUGAGAGAAGUUAGUGGAUCGAACCAACGGUUUAUAAAGCGCUUGGUUUUUAGAUUGCGGUCUAUACAGAUGUAGCCAAGAACCUGCUCAAGUACUGCUGCAACUUUCAAGAGUAAAUUUCUGGAAAGUUAAAGGUCAGCACAGUGAUAUGACAAAGAAAACUGGUUUUCAAAAUUUGUGGCACCAUUAUAAGGUCAAGACAGUGAUGUCAUCACAACUGCCAAACAUUUAGUUGAAAUGAGUCACAGUAAAUGGAGGAAAACAAGGGGGAGGAGUUGUGUCCUCAUAAAACAUGGAAAGACAACUUUCUGCAACACACCUGAGCAGCUGUGCUCGUGGGGAUGCCCUGGAGAAAACUGUGGCGCCAACAGAAGAACAUCCUGAAAAGACGUUUUCUUUUCCCCACCUGCUGUGACCACAGCUGUCAGAGCAGUGGGCUCAUCUGAUCACUGGCUCACAAAGUCAAAGCGCAGUAGCUAGUGCACAUACAUUUUAAACAGCAGAGACACAGGUUGAAGUUGUGCACGAUUAGAAACAACAUGCGUAGGUCCGUCAUGGUGCUGUGUAUAACGGCACCAAAUACACUGUGAGCCAUCAGUAUUACUCAGAUCCUUUAAGUAGAAGUAACAACACCACAAUGUAAAAACACUCUGUUACAAGUUAGAGUCCUGCAUCAAAAUGUACUUAAAGU